GUUCCUUUUAUUUUUCUUGUCUUGAAUACCGAUUGUCAAAAAACCCGCUAAGUUUUUACGGUUGAAUUAUUUUUUGUCAAUAAAUUUGAUGUUUAUCAUUAUUCUGUAAUAAAAUUAUUCGUUGAGAAGUUUCCCUCAAAUUUCAAAUAGAGAUGGCUGAUGUGAUAGUCGACGUCGACAGCAAAAACCCCAAGGAACUUCUCGCUCAGGGCGUUAGGGCCUUCGUCCUCCAAGAUUUCAACUCUGCUGUGACCGCUUUGAGUAAAGCUAGUGAACUUAUGGUAGCUGAGCAUGGUGAUGAUCUUCAUGAAUCGCUUGGUGAUGUAUACCUGUAUUAUGGAAAAGCUCUACUUGGAUUGUCUAGAGAAGAAAAUGAAGCACUAGGUGAUGCAGUGCCAAGAAAUAACGACGAAGAAUCUGAUGAGGAUGGCGAUGGAGGUGAUGAACCAGAAGAAGAUGGCGAGGAAAACGAUGAGGCCUCAGAAAAUGUGGAAACUGAAGAAAAUGGCACUGCUAAAGAAAGUGCAGUGGCAACAGAGAAUGAAAAAAUGGACAUUGCAGAGGAAAGUAGCAAAAAAACUGAAGUAAAAGAGGGUGCUACUGAAGUUGCAACUAAUGGAACAUUUGAGGUUGAAGCUUCAGGUUCCUCUGGGCCUUCUGGCGAUUCUGAAAAUAAAACCGAAAAUGAUGAAGAACCAACGGACCUGCAGGUAGCUUGGGAAGUUUUGGAGUUGGCAAAGAAAAUUUUUGAAAAGAUGGGAGAUAAUGGCAAGAAACAUCUUGCUGAAACUCUUACGGUUCUGGGUGAAAUUUCACUAGAAAGCGAAAAUUUUGAGGCGGCCAUUAAUGACAUAAAAGAUGGUUUGCAUAUUCAAACAGAAAUAUUUGAAAAAGAUAGUCGUACUGUAGCAGAAACUUACUAUAAGUUGGGCAUAGCCUAUUCCACUAAUUCUCAAAUCGAGGAAGCCAUUGCAAAUUUCAAAAAUUCUUUGGUGUAUCUGCAGCACAGGAUUGAAAAUUUGGAAAAGAAAGAAGAUAAAAAAGAUGGUAUAAAAGAGGAAAUUGAGGAAAUAAAAAGUCUUAUCCCUGAUAUUGAAGAAAAAAUUGCGGAUAUGAAGACCUACAAAGAUGAGGCACUCAAAAAAAUUGUAUCUGCUGUAACGGAAGCAAAACCACUCGGAGAGUCAUCAACUUCUGAAGCAAGCUCUUCCAAACCUGUCACGAAUAUCUCACAUCUCGUUAAAAGAAAAAGAAAACUUGAUGAAAUAACAGACGAGAAAGAGAGCGUAGAUGACAGACCCGCUAAGAAAUAGUGUUUUAGUUUCAUGUCUUUUCAAAUCAUUAUAAUCAUUUCUGGGAUAUUUCCUUCAGUACAAGAAGUAUUUUCAGUUGUGUAUUAUUUAUUGGAUGUGAGAUUUUACUUGAUACUUUUAAUGACCACAAUAAAACCACUUUUUCAUUUUUA